AGCAAGUUUUUCUUCCAUCAACAUUAUUAGUUCUCUCAAUCGUCGCUUGUCACCUUCUCGAUGUUUUCUGGUCAUCUUAUUUGAUCAAAUUCGAGCUCAGGAUUAUGGCAUUUUGAAUAUAAAAGUAAACUGUGCUUGAAAGAAAACCUGUUCAUCCAUGCACACGAUUGAAGGUUCAUAGAGCUUCUUGACUGAUACCGUGUCAGAGACAGCUAUAACAUUAUAACAUUCCAUCGUGGAAACUCAAUGGGCUGUUGUUCACUGAAACUAUCGAAGCCCAGUUGUGCAUGCUCAAUCGGCUGUUUUUGGCCUCAGUUCUGUGGAAGUAAUAGUGAGGAACAGUGUUCUGAUAGGCUAUAUCAUUCUUCCAGAAAUGUGCACCGCAUAACUAGCAUUCAGAGUUGGGAAACAAAUCUAUUACGAGCCCGCCAAGAGGGACAGAUCGUUGUGGCCAAUUUUACAGCAUCUUGGUCUAAUCCUUGUAAGGAUAUAGCACCAACCUACUCCGAGCUUGCUGACAAGUACUCAAGCCUUUUAUUUCUGACAGUGGAUGCUGAUGGGCUUGCUGAGUUGAGUAGUUCAUGGGAUAUCAAAGCACUUCCUACAUUCUUUUUUCUUAAAGAAGGACGACAAGUAGACAAACUAGUUGGAGCCAACAAGUCAGAGCUACAGAAGAAGGCAGCUACGAUGGCUAUGUUAUCUAAGGCUCCUCACUGACUCCGAUGUAAUUUCCAUUGGCUGCAUCAUCAUCAUGCUUCAUCAUCAUUGCUGCAGAUGUUGGAGAGCCAGUGAAAGACGAGGAGUUAUAGCUUUUUCAAUGCCAAGAGUCAUGUAUUUGCAUAGCUUCACGGCUUUUUUAAGUGUUUGAUUUUCCCUUUUAGGGAGAAAUGAGU